AUGAUUUUCAUAAUAUCACAAAUUGGAAAGCAUAAUAUACGAGUAGGAUCUGGUCCUUGGGGAACAGUUUGCGGCGACGGUUGGUCCCUGCUGGAAGGUGCCGUCAUUUGUAGGCAACUGGGAUUCGGAUACGCCAACGACGCGUUGCAAACAGAUUUUUUUGGAAAUGGAAACGGAUCGAUGUUGCUCAGCGGAAUAAAAUGCCAUGGGAACGAACCAGAUAUAACGCAUUGUCUGCAUGACACCAUUGGCAACGUCACCUGCCCAGGAUUAAAAGGGCACGUGGCCGGAGUAACAUGUACCGACCAACUACCGGAUUUAGUAAUAGAUCACAUCGAAUUAGAAAGAACGGCCCAUUUAGAAGAUAAACCCAUGUUUUAUCUCCAAUGUGCGAUGGAGGAGAAUUGUCUAGGUAGUCAAGCGUAUGUAAUUCAGAGGCAGAACGACGCUUGGCAUUUGGAAACCAGGAGGUUAUUGAGAUUCACUGCGCGCGUAUUAAAUGCCGGCACCGCAGAUUUCAGACCGUCGAUUCCUAAGCACCUAUGGGAAUGGCACAUGUGUCACAGGCAUUACCACAGUAUGGAAGUUUUCGCAACAUUCGACAUAAUCAAUUCCGAAGGCAGGCGAGUUGCAGAAGGACACAAAGCAUCAUUUUGCCUGGAAGACAAUUUAUGCAUACCAGGAGUGAAACCAAGAUACGCCUGCGCAAAUUACGGCGAUCAAGGAAUUUCUGUAAACUGUUCCGAUAUCUACCGCUACAAUAUAGACUGCCAAUGGGUUGAUAUUUCUGAACUAAAGCCAGGAAUUUACAGAAUGAAAGUAUCAGUGAAUCCAGAAUUUAAAGUAGCCGAAAUUACUUUCGAUAACAAUGCCGCCGUUUGUGAACUAAUAUACACCGAAACUUACGCAAGAUUAUUCAAUUGCAGAGUAGAAAGACCUUAG